GAGCGAUAAGAGUAUUGAAAUGAGUAAUGAGGAGUUGUAUUUCCUAAUGUAUGCCCGACUUGUUCUUUUAAUUCAGGCACAGGGCUGGCCACCACAGAACACGUGACCAGGCCCCGUGACGUCAAAGGCAAAAUGGCAGCCUCGCGCAGCAAAUCGGUGUUGUUUGUCUGUCUGGGGAACAUCUGCCGAUCCCCCAUUGCUGAGGCCGUCUUCAGGAAGAUGGCAACCGAUGCGGGUGUCGUUGACAAGUGGCUCAUUGACAGCGGCGCGACGUCCGACUGGAACACUGGCUGCCCGCCCGAUGCCCGCGGGCUGGCCUGCCUCAAGGCCCACGCCAUUGACAGCUCUCAUAGGGCCCGCCAGGUGACCAAGGACGACUUCCUGAGCUUUGAUUUUAUCCUCUGCAUGGACGAGAGCAAUUUAAGUAACUUGAACCGUAUGGCCGGCUCAGUGAAGAAUCGCCGGGCAAAAAUCGAGCUGCUGGGCGCGUACGACCCGCAGAAGCAGCUGAUCAUCGAAGAUCCCUAUUACGGAAGCGACCGAGACUUUGAAAAGGUGUACGAGCAGUGCCGCCGAUGCUGCGAGGCGUUCCUCCAGUCCAACUCGUAACGUGGCCUACGCAGUCGGCCGAUUGCGUGGUGGUGGUGGUGGUGGUGGGGGGGAAAACCAACGCUCUUCACGUUUGUGUCUGAGCGCAGAGCCAUGCCAUGCCAUGCCAUGCCAUGCCAUGCCAUGCCAUGCCAUGCCAUGCCAUGCCUGCCUGCCUGCCUGUGUGGAAAUAAAACUAAUUCAACUCGCUCA